GCCUCACCCCCCAGCACUCUCGAAGUUCUUCCGGCCCUUUUUCUUUCGUUAAUUUUUUUUCUUUUCUUUUUCUUGGCUCUGCUGGUUUGAGUGGUGAUGGCAGCCUUUUGCGUGGUGACAUUCGGCGGAGGGGCAGGUCUUUCCCGCACAGCCCCCCCCUCCAAUCAUCCGACCGCCGGGUCGCCAGGUACUCGUCGUCUGAUAACACUUUCGCCUGCACUGCCACGACCGUGACCACAUUGUAGCACCCCUUCAAACCCACCACCCCGAAGCAUCCGAUACCAAGAUCGCUCCGCUGCGAGGACAGAAAUCGGCGGCGUCAUGGGAAACUGCUGCGGCAAGGAGUCGGGCGGGGGAGCCAGCGGCGGAAGCGGGAACUUCAAGGGUCAGGGCCGCACACUUGGAGACGCUCCGCCUCGACAGGCCGCCGCUUCGGCAGCGACGGCGGGCGGCGCUCCAGCGAAGGCGUCCGUGCCGUCCGGCGCCUCCGCUUCCGGGCCCGGCAGGACGCUGGGCGAAGGCGAAGGCGGUCCCGCGGACGCAAGGUCCGCCGCCGCAGCCGCCGCAGAGGCACGCGCCGCGAAGACGGCGGGAGGCUCCGACAAGCUGUCGCAGAAUCUGGCUGCGCAGAAGAAGGCCGGCAUGAAGGGCGCGCUCGCGGAGGCCGCGAACGAGAACCGCCGCCAGAGGGAGAACGACGCCGCGGCCGAGGCUCGCAACUGGUCUUGACUGGACCCACCUCUUUUUAUUUCGCUCGUCGUCCUCGAGGUCGGCCUUACCCAGCGUCUGCCGCUUCUUUUGGGGGGGGCGCGGUAACGAACCGGCGCCGGAGCCGUACCGGCGACGCUCUUCCCAUUUGAUCGGAGGGAUCGAGGUUACUGGGUGACGAUGGAAUAAGAUCGCACACAAUGUUCACGACGCACACGAAAAUCAAACCUUUGGCCGAGCGAGGCGGAUGCAGUGUAAAACCCUGGAACGUACGUGCCCGUCAACCUAGGACAGACUGCGGGAAAGUCACAUCAUUCACACCUGUCUGACAUGGCUUGGUGAGACCACGCAAUCGACGUUUAUAGCAGUUACUAGUAGUACAUAUUUAUCGUGUUGUGUUUCGUCACACACAUUACCAAACAUUAU